AUGGAAUCAUCGAAACAUAUCGACAACAAGCCAGGCGCAGAGUUUAUCGAGUAUCAUGAUGUCGACAAAACCCAGAAUGUGACCGAGCAAAAGGGCGCAGACGAAGAACAGGCGGCGCUUUACAGGGAGUUCAAAGCCAAGGACAAGGAAUGGCAUCGCAAGCAAACGAAGAAGUUGAUGCGAAAGGUCAACUUGCAUUUAAUCCCUCUAUUGAUUCUAAUGUACCUUCUCAACUUCUUGGACCGAAACAACCUCUCGCAAGCUCGACUUGGAGGGCUGGAGGAGGAUCUUGGUAUGACCGGGACAGACUUCAAUCUGGCUACAAGCAUAUUGUUUGUUGGUUAUUUGUUAAUGCAAAUUCCCUCCAAUCUCAUUCUAACCCGUAUCCGACCCUCUCUAUAUCUGGGUGUCGCAAUGGCAAUUUGGGGCAUGAUAUCCGCCGCGCAGGCCGCGGCCCACAGUUUCGGUGGCCUCAUAGCCGCCAGGUUCUGCCUUGGUUUUGCUGAGGCGCCGUUCUUUGCGGGCGCAAUCUUCCUAAUGUCGUCGUGGUACACGCGCAGUGAGCUAGCCCACAGAAUCUCUUGGUUCUACUGUGGGAGCGCACUCGCAAAUGCUUUCGGCGGCCUCCUUGGAGCGGGCGUGCUCGCAAAUCUCGACGGCGCGCAUGGUAUUAAUGCCUGGCGCUGGCUGUUCAUCAUCGAAGGAACUAUCACUGUCGGCAUCGCCCUGAUUGCGGCUGUGGUGUUGCCGGAUUUCCCGGCCACGACACGCUGGUUGACGCCCGAGGAGAGAUCCUAUGCUCAGUGGCGGCUCAUUGACGAUACAGGUGAAGCUGAUAUUGCGGAAUCAACCAGCAUCAUGGAAGGUGUCAAGAUGGCGCUGCGCGACUACCGUUUAUACCUCUUCACAAUACUCCAGCAUGCCUCGCUACUAACUCAGACGUUUCAAUACUUCUUCCCCAGCGUGGUGAGCACUCUCGGCUACGGUAACAUCGAAACGCUCCUCAUCACUGCGCCGGUAUGGAUCGCGACGUUCCUAGUUUCACUCGUCGUGACAUACACAUCCGGACGGACCGGGGACAGGUGCAUCCACAUCGUCUGCCUAAUAAUGAUCUCGGUGGUGGGCAACAUUCUGUGCUCCGCCACGCUCAGCACACCAGUGCGCUUCUUCGCCAUGUUCCUUAUGCCGAUGGGCGCCGUGUCUGCCUACCAGAUCAUCAUCACCUGGGUAGCAAACAGCUUCCCGCGGCCCCUUGUCAAACGAAGCACCUGCAUCUCCGUGGCAAACAUGAUCGGCAACGUUGCGAAUAUCUACGGCACGUACAUGUACCCCUCGUUCGACUCGCCGCGCUAUAUCCCCGGCGGCAGCGCAACGGCUGCUGUGGGGCUGUUUGUGGCUUUCAUGGCUAUUGUCAUUCGCAUGUUUUUGAAGCGCGACAAUACGAAGCUGGCGCAGAGUGAGGUGCUGGAUAAUGAUGAGAGGGGACGCGGUGCCGCUAUUUCGGAUGUGAGGGUCGUGGGGUUCAGGUAUAUCUUAUAG